AAAGAAAAAAAAACCAAACCCUUGUUGAGCUAAGCUGCUGUCUAAAACUCUCUAAAGCCUACACCUUUGACUGUCUCCGUCUCUCUUCUUCUCUUUCGCAAACUUUCCGACAUGUCGUUGUGUACGUUCAACUUCCAUCCUUCAUCAUCUUCUUCCAUCAAUCUCUUCUGCAACAACAACAGCAACUCACCUAAACCCUUUCUCAACUCUCUCCGAUUCACCACCUCCACUUCUUCUUCCUCUGUUGCUCCUCUCAGAUUCUCUACCACCAACCACUCCCUUAGCUCUCCUUUCUCCUCGACCCGCAUCCAAAGACACCAACUUUGGCUCCGGUGCGUCUCCAAAGAGUCCGAGCAGUCUACCUCUGUUGUUCCCGGCGGCGCUGAAGAGAGCAUUGUUGUUCUUGUAAUCGGUGGAGGAGGGAGAGAACACGCCCUUUGCCACGCUUUAAAACGCUCUCCUUCCUGCGGCUCUGUGUUAUGCGCACCUGGAAACCCCGGCAUCACCACUUCCGGAGACGCUACUUGCGUCCCUGACCUUGACGUAUCAGACAGCUCAGCUGUCAUCUCCUUCUGCCAAAAACAUAAUGUCGGUUUAGUGGUCGUUGGUCCCGAAGUUCCCCUCGUUGCUGGUCUCGCCAACGACCUUGUUAACGCCGGUAUCCUCACGUUCGGACCUUCUUCUCAAGCCGCUGCUUUGGAAGGUUCCAAGAACUUUAUGAAGAAUCUUUGCCGCAAGUACAACAUCCCUACUGCUAAGUAUAAAACAUUUAGCGAUGCGUCUGCUGCGAAAGAGUACAUUAAAGAGCAAGGAGUACCGAUCGUGAUCAAAGCAGACGGAUUAGCAGCAGGGAAAGGAGUCACCGUUGCCAUGGAGCUAGAGGAGGCUUACGAAGCUGUUGACUCGAUGCUUGUCAAAGGCGUGUUUGGUUCCGCGGGGUGUCAGGUGAUCGUGGAGGAGUUUCUUGAGGGGGAAGAAGCUUCGUUUUUCGCGCUUGUGGAUGGUGAGAACGCCAUUCCUCUUGAAUCUGCUCAGGACCACAAGAGGGUUGGAGAUGGAGAUACAGGUCCUAACACAGGAGGGAUGGGAGCGUAUUCUCCUGCACCGGUUUUGACCAAGGAGCUGAAGGAUGUGGUGAUGGAGACUAUAAUUGAUCCUACUGUUAAGGGAAUGGCUGAAGAAGGUUGUAAGUUUGUUGGUGUUCUGUUUGCUGGUCUGAUGAUCGAGAAGAAGUCCGGUUUACCUAAGCUGAUUGAGUUCAAUGUCCGGUUUGGAGAUCCAGAAUGUCAGGUACUGAUGAUGCGUCUAGAGUCUGACCUUGCUAAGGUCUUGUUAGCUGCUUGUAGAGGCGAGCUAAGCGGUGUGUCGCUUGAUUGGUCAAAAGAUUCAGCAAUGGUGGUUGUAAUGGCAAGCAAAGGUUACCCCGGUGCUUACGAGAAAGGCUCCAUCAUCAGAAACCUUGAAGAAGCUGAAAGAGUUGCUCCAGGAGUGAAGGUUUUUCAUGCAGGAACGGAUGUUGAUUCCGAGGGGAACGUUGUAGCGAGUGGAGGACGUGUUCUUGGGGUCACUGCCAAGGGUAAAGACUUGGAAGAGGCGCGUGAAAGAGCGUAUCUGGCGGUUGAAGAGAUCAAAUGGCCUGGAGGUUUCUUUAGGAGUGAUAUUGGUUGGAGAGCGCUUCGUCAGAAACAAGUAGCUACAAAAGAGUGAGUGAAGAGAAAAGACUUUUGUUAGUAAUGGUUUGUAAACGAGUGAAACAAAAGUUUGAGUGAUUGAUUAUUCAAAAUAACUUCCUUCUCCUUGAAUUUAAAUUUUAUUCAAAAAAAAUUAAAUGAAACGUUUAAUUCCAUCA